CACACACACGGGACAGAGAGGAGCGGAGCGGUCACACAGCGCCAGGCUUUUUUUUUUACAGUCCCUCCGCUGAUACUCAACACAUCAGACAUGAGCUACCAGGUUUGCCACUGUGGUUGGUCAAAAGUUACGACCUACCAGGGUCUGAGAACGCACCAGGGGAAGAAGGGAUGCACUCCGAAGGGCAUGAGUAUCCCUGAGGGCGAACAAUUCAGAUUUGACACUUACCUUCCUAAAUUCACCUACGUGGGACCUCCAAUCAAAGUGGAAGACCCUUUGCUGACUUUUAUCAGCCCUGUUCUCAAUUCUGACACCUGGGGAAAUUACAGGGAUGCAAAUCAAAAGGACCACAAACAAAUUACCUGGGCUGCUCCGGUAAUGAACGAGAACGAACCUGUGUCAUCAAAUCACAACACCCUGACGAAUGCAGAAGAAGAAGUUUUAUUCCAAAUGGUCAAAUCAAUGAUGGGAACUCAGCAGUCUUCUCUGCAAACGGCCACAAACUCAAACAAAACCCAACGAGCACUGGAUUUCCCCGGUGGUGCACAGGCCUCGGGGAUGCCACAGAUCUUCGGCCCCCAAUCAAACCCUGCACCAACAGAGACAAACAGAUCAUUGUUUCAAACUCCCCAACACAACAGCACACAUCAGACAGCCACCAACGUUCGUCCAAUGCUUGAUUUGUCCACCAGUGUGCAGCAGGCCUCGGGGAUGCCACAGAUCUUCGGCCCCCAAUCGAACCCUGCACCAACAGAGACAAACAGAUCAUUGUUUCAAACUCCCCAACACAACAGCACACAUCAGACAGCCACCAACGUUCGUCCAGCGCUUGAUUUGUCCACCAGUGUGCAGCAGGCCUCGGGGAUGCCACAGAUCUUUGGUGUCCAAACGAACCCUGCACCCAAAGUCACGGUGCCGGAGACAAACCGAUCAUUGUUCACUCCCCAACACAACAACACACAUCAGACAGCCCCCAACGUUCGUCCAGCGCUUGAUUUGUCCACCAGUGUGCAGCAGGCCGCGGUGAUGCCGGUUUCACAGAUCUUCGGCCCCCAAAUGAACCCUGCACCAACAGAGACAAACAGAUCAUUGUUUCAAACUCUCCAACACAACAACACACAUCAGACAGCAGCCAACGCUCGUCCAGCGCUUGAUUUGUCCACCAGUGUGCAGCAGGCCUCGGUGUUGCCGUUGUCACAGAUCUCCGGCCCCCAAUCAAACCCUGCACCAACAGAGCCAAACAGAUCACUGUUUCAAACUCUCCAACACAACAACACACAUCAGACAGCCACUAACGCUCAUCCAGCGCUUGGUUUCUCCCCCAGUGUGCAGCAGGCCUCGGUGAUGCCGGUUUCACAGAUCUUCGGCCCCCAAUCAAACCCUGCACCAACAGAGACAAACAGUCCAUUGUUUGAGACUCCCCAACGCAACAGCACACAUCAGACAGCCACCAACGCUUGUCGAAAGCUUGAUUUCUCCACCAGUGUGCAGCAGAUGGGGCAGCUGGUCCUGGAUGUUCCAACAACCACAGCUCAGGAAGCUGCAGUCCAGCAAAAGGAGAGAGAGAAGGAGAGGGAGAAGGAGAGGGAGCAGGAGAAAGAGAAUGAAAGGAAGAAAGAGCGGGAGGCUCAAAAACAACAAAAGGCGAGGCAAGACAUGAUGAAGGCCGAUUUACAGCAGAAAAUACAGAUGAGAGAAAAAAAGAUGUCUGAAGUAACAUCCUCGGUGAAGGCCUGCAAGGGCAGCUUGGAUGCUGAAUGGCUGGAGAUCAACAACGUGUUCUCAGAGGUGAUGAGAGUCGUGGCGGACGCUCGGCAGAAAGCCCUUCAGCCUCUGGAGGACAGGAGGCAGACAGUGAAGAGAGAAGGACAAAAUUUGGUCCAGAAGCUACAAAAGGAAGUUGACAAACUCAAAAAGACCAUUGACGAGUUGGACAAAAAUCCAGCCUUGCAGGUUUGCCCUCCAACAGGCUUGAAUGAAUCCAGAGAUUGGAAAAAUGUCACUGUCGACACUUCACUGUCCUUCGGUACACUGAGAACUACAACAUCAACCAUGAUACAACAAAUUCACCAGAAACUGCAAAAACUCUCCUCUGUUGAACUCAAGAGGAUUCCCACAUUUGCAGUGGACGUAAAGCUGGAUCCAUCCUCUGCACACCGAAGCCUUAUUCUUUCCCCCGAUGGGAAGAGCGUGAGAGACGGAGGAAAGAACCAGGAAGUUCCCGAUGCUCCAAAGAGGUUUGACAUGUUCGGCAGCAUCGUGGGGCUCAACAGGUUGAGGUCUGGCAAGUCCUACUGGGAGGUGGAGGUCCGCAGCAAGACGGGCUGGGACCUGGGAGUGGCGAGGGGCGACGCAAACCGCAAGGGGAAACUCACGCUGAACCCAGAUAAUGGCUACUGGGUCACCGUGCAUUAUGAGGACAAAAGAUACGCAGCCCUGACGUCACCACCCGUCAGCCUCCGCCUGAAAAGGAAACCUCAGAAGGUCGGGGUGUUUGUGGAUUACGAGGAAGGCCUCGUGUCCUUCUACGAUGUGACGGCUCAGUCUCACAUCUACUCUUUUACCGAGUGUUCGUUCGGUGGUGAGGUUUUCCCGUAUUUCAGUCCACAUCUCAAACGGAAUGAGACAAACGCUCCUCCUCUGAUCAUCUCUGCAGUGAAGACGCAGUAGUUGUCAAGUGUUUUGUGUUCUGACCUGCACAUCUAAGGUGUUUGGAAAUUGUUCACAUGUCCAGUUUAUAUUUGAUCUCUUUGGCUAAGAGAGGACAUGCUUAUUCAUAUAUUAUUCUGUUACGAUGGUAUAAGACUGAAAAGGGUUUUGUGGAAUGAUAAAUCAAGAUAAUAUAAAAUAUUCCUUCAUUGAUCCCCCAUGGGGGAAUUUCAGGUGUUGCAGCAGCACAAGUACAGAGUAAACAGAUUAAGGUAAUAAAAAUAGACCUCUUUUUUUCUUUUUCUUUUUAGAGAUACUACUUGUACAACUUUAAUUGUAGCGGAGCAAAAAUUACAACAUUUACCAGAGAAUACCUAUAGUACCUAUAGUACAUUUAUACAUCAAAUAUAGUCCAGUGUUGGUGGAGUCAUACACUUUGUUUUACAAAUCCUUAUCUUGGUCAUUUGUUUUUGCUAAUACUGAUAUAAAAUGCUGUGGUCUGAAUAAGUUGCUUAUAUGCUAAUUCACGAAUAUUUCUUCAUGUUUUAUGAUAUUCAAUGGGAAUACAUGAGUAGAACUUACAUUUGGGGAAUAUUUUCUAUAUCUUUCAGUCUUUAUGUGUACUGGUUUUGGUAAAAAAUAAAAGAAUAAAAGAAUAAAACAUGUUUAACAUUGUAUUUGUUAAAGAUAAGAUAAAGGCCAGAUCUCUGGCUCAUCACCGACAAAUGGCAAAAAGAGGAUCAAUGUCAACAAAAACUCAGAUUAAAAGCUUGUUUGCAACAUGUCGUCGAUAAGGGGACUCUAAAAAAGAACCAUCACUUCUGUCACUUCAGUGAAAGACAGGUUUUACUCAUCUCAAGUGAAAUUGCUGUAAGCCAUUGUCUAAACAACGCCACCAUGCAGUAAACUGAACCUUGCGGCAUGGUGUUUCUGCAGAGGUGGUCGUGCACUGCAACCUAACUUGACCUCCUAUUAACUUUAGAGUGAUGGCCUGCUCACACCUCAACUGUGAUGUGAAACCCACAAGGCAGAAACAGAAGUGGUA